CUUCACAAUGCCAGUUCCUCUUGCCCCAUAUCCUACACCACCAACGUCAUUUACACCGCCUGCUAACGGUACACAGAGCCAGCUCGUGUGCUCUGGAUGUAGAAAUCUUUUACUCUAUCCAGUUGGAGCAACAUCUGUCUGCUGUGCAGUUUGCAAUGCAGUCACAGCAGUACCACCUCCUGGCACUGAGAUGGCUCAGUUGGUUUGCGGAGGCUGCCACACAUUACUAAUGUACAUUCGUGGAGCAACAAGCGUGCAGUGUUCUUGUUGUCACACAGUCAAUUUAGCUAUGGAAGCAAAUCAGGUAGCACAUGUGAAUUGUGGCAACUGCCGCAUGCUGUUGAUGUACCAAUAUGGGGCACGAUCAGUGAAAUGUGCAGUCUGCAAUUUUGUGACAGCGUGUUCGCUGGAUAAUACAGGUUUUAACGAGCACAACUGAGCAAAAGCUUAACAGCUAAUUUUAAAGCAGCUGAGCCAGUACUACAAACUUCUAUGACUGAAGUUGUGUUAUGUCUCAACACAAUUGCAACUACCAUCCACCAGAGGAAAUUUCUACUCACUACAAGUAUAGAGCUACUAUAGAGCUAUAUUUCCCUCGCGUAUCUGUAAUAUGAAUAAGCAGUUUUGCAGGUUGGGCCUACAAAAGGUUUGUAUAUAAUGGUAUUGCGUUUGUAAGUCUAGUUAAAAAAUCCUGGAAAGUAAAGCCUCCUUUUCACCUACCA